CUCUUUGGCAAUUAGCAAAAAAAAAAAAAACUGAAAACAGCUGAAAACAUAGUACAUUUCGAAAAAUUGUGAUUUGAAGAUUGGAAUUAUCUUAAUAAUUUUUGUCACAUAAUAUUUUCAAAUUAAAAUAGCGCAAGGUACAGUUCAAGGCGCAAAUGGUGAUGGCUACGGAUGUCUUGGACGCUGGGCGAGCCACUGGACUCGAGGGGCAGGCGGGGAUGGACGCGAUGACGCUGCACGAGCGGCUCGUGGCGCACGUGCGAGCCGUCAGCGGAGAGGAAGACCCGCGCUGUAGCGUGUGGGGUGAACACUCGUAUGCACGGCCGCGCGGCCCGCCGCCCGCCGCGCAUGUGCGCGUGCUGCUGCAGGCGCGCGCCCACUCGCCGCCCGCGCGCCUCGACGUGCUGACGCCGCCCGCGUGCGUGCCCGAGCCGCCCGCCGACCGCGCGGCGCCCGAGGGGGACCACAACGACGAGGAGGAGGAGGUGGGUGUGUGUGCGUGUGACCCGCGCUGUAGCGUGUGUGGCGAACACUCGUAUGCGCGGCCGCGCGGCCCGCCGCCCGCCGCGCAUGUGCGUGUGCUGCUGCAGGCGCGCGCCCACUCGCCGCCCGCGCGCCUCGACGUGCUGACGCCGCACGCGUGCGUGCCCGAGCCGCCCGCCGACCGCGCGGCGCCCGAGGGGGACCACAACGACGAGGAGGAGGAGGACCCGCGCUGUAGCGUGUGGGGCGAACACUCGUAUGCGCGGCCGCGCGGCCCGCCGCCCGCCGCGCAUGUGCGUGUGCUGCUGCAGGCGCGCGCCCACUCGCCGCCCGCGCGCCUCGACGUGCUGACGACGCACGCGUGCGUGCCCGAGCCGCCCGCCGACCGCGCGGCGCCCGAGGGGGACCACAACGACGAGGAGGAGGAGGACCCGCGCUGUAUCGUGUGGGGCGAACACUCGUAUGCGCGGCCGCGCGGCCCGCCGCCCGCCGCGCAUGUGCGCGUGCUGCUGCAGGCGCGCGCCCACUCGCCGCCCGCGCGCCUCGACGUGCUGACGCCGCCCGCGUGCGUGCCCGAGCCGCCCGCCGACCGCGCGGCGCCCGAGGGGGACCACAACGACGAGGAGGAGGAGGUGGGUGUGUGUGCGUGUGCAGGACCCGCGCUCCGCCCGCCGACCGCGCGGCGCCCGAGGGGGACCACAACGACGAGGAGGAGGUGGGUGUGUGUGCGUGUGCAGGACCCGCGCUGUAUCGUGUGGGGCGAACACUCGUAUGCGCGGCCGCGCGGCCCGCCGCCCGCCGCGCAUGUGCGCGUGCUGCUGCAGGCGCGCGCCCACUCGCCGCCCGCGCGCCUCGACGUGCUGACGCCGCCCGCGUGCGUGCCCGAGCCGCCCGCCGACCGCGCGGCGCCCGAGGGGGACCACAACGACGAGGAGGAGGAGGGAAGCCAGGUGUCGGAAGAUGACGACGAGGAGUGGGAGGAGCGGCUCUGCGCGCAGGCGCCCGGCGCCGCGCACGCGCGCCUGGCGCGCGACAUAGUGGGCGCACUGCGCGACCUGCGCCUGGAGCGUGCGGCGCGCGCGGGCGCGGCGGGGCGCUGGGCGCGACGCGAGGGCGCACGCGCGGCGGCGCGGCGGCUGCGACGCGCGCUGGCGCCGCACUGGGGCGGAGCGGCCGCGUGGGCGCUCAACGCGCUGCCGGCGCGCCUGCCGCGCGAGCUGCGCGCGCUACUGCGCGAGUCCACCCGAGAGCUGCGCCGAGCUGCGCCACAUCUGGCCGCGCGCCUGCCGCCGCUGCCCGCGGCCGAAGAUGACCCGUUGGAUGCCGUCGGACCGAUGCGCGCGGCGGCGGCGCCGGGCGCGUGGCUGGCGUGGGUGCCGAGCGGCUGCGACGCGCUGGAUGAGCGCUGGACGCGGCGGCUGGGCGCGCUGCUGCACGUGCGGCGCCUGGCGCGCGCCGCGCCCGCGCCCGCCGCGCCUGACCGCUGGUGCGCCGCGCUGGCGCACGAGGCGCGCGCUGCGCUCGCUGACGUGCUGGAGGAAGCGGGGUCGCGCGCGGUGGUGCUGUGCGGGCUGGGCGCGGGCGCGGCGCUCGCCACGUGGCUGGCGGCGGGCGCGGGCGGCGUGCGCGCGCUGCUGCUGCUGGCGCCGCCGCUGCUCACGGCGGAGGGCGCGCGGCACAUAUUGGAGGAGGUGGAGGUGCCGCUGCUGGCCGUGGUGGGCGGCGGCGGCGCGCAGUGCUGGCGCGGCGCGGCGGCCGACGUGGCGGCGCGCGACGCGGGCGAUGCCGGCAGCGGCAGCAGCGACACGCUGAGCGCGGAGACGCGCGCGCGCCGCGUGCUGCUGCUGGCGGGCGCGGACGACGCGCUGCGCCUGCCGCGGCGCCACCGCGCGCGCCUGGGCCUGCCGCAGCAGGCGCUCGACGCCGCCAUCGCGGAGGAGUGCGCGCGCUGGGCCACCGACGUAGCGGACCCCGCGCGCGCUGACGUGCUGCUGGCCGCGCGCACGCCGUCGCCGCCGCGCGCUGAGCCCGCCCGCGACCCGCGCACCGGGGGCGACGUGGCGGCGGACGAGGCGCGGGCGUGCGGGGGCAACCGAGCCAUAGAGAUAGUAGAGGGGCGCGUGGUGUCGCGCGGCACGGGCGCCACGCCGCUGCUGCUGCCGCCGCCGCGCCGCGCCGCGCCCGCGCUCGCCGCCGCCGACAUCAUGCAGCUGCCCAUCGUGUUCGCGGACGACGAGUCGCCCGCCGCGCCCGCGCCGCCCGACGCCGCCAGCGGCGCGCUCACCGUCACCAGCGGCAACCCCCGGCGCGCGCCCGGCGCCGUCAAGUACACGCGCGUCAUCGUGGCCAAGCGCGCGCCGCCCGCGCACGCCGCCCCGCGUCGCGGGCCCGGCCGCCCGCGCCGCCGCCUCGACUAGCGCCCGCCGCCCGCCGCCGCCCGCCGCCGAACCCGUCUGUUGACAUAACUGAAGAUCGACCUGCGCGCGGUCCGCGCGGCGCGCGGCGGCGGCGCGUGUGGUGGCGUGGCUGCUUCGCUGCCCGAAGUUUGACGCACUGUAGUGUCGACGACAGCGGCCACGUACGCCCGCGUGAGCUCUGCGAGCAUGUGAGCGUGGCGGCUGUCGUCGAGCUGUGUCUGCGCGAGUUCCUACCUAGCAUAACAAUAAACGUCAUACACGACAA